UCUUCCCCACAUAUUACACAGUGCUGGCCCCGGCAUGGCGGAGAAAAGUUUUUAUCGCUACCUCUGUUGCUGCUGCUAUGAGGAAAAGCCAGAAAAAAGCCCUCUAAUCAGUGAUACCCUGCUGUACUUUGACCGAGAGGUAAAGAGAAGGAGAGCAGAGGAGGCAAACUUGUGGAAUGAGCCCCAGGAUGUGUCUCACACAGAGAGGGAUGAUGACCGGGAAUUAUACAACCUUCUACAUAAAAGGUCUCGGACGCGCCGUGAAUCAGAGGGCUACCGGCGGCUGAGUUUUGAUAUCAGCGCUCACAGACAAGUUCGCAAGGAUGUGCAAGACCGAUGGAGAGUGCUGCUGGAAAAUUUGGGUUUCAGAAAUGAAGCAGAUUCGCUCCUCUCCGUCAGCUCGAACACUUCCUACAAAAGCCUUCGUAACCCAACAGAGGCUCGGCAUCUGCUCGCCCUACUGGCACAAGAGAGCAGCAUCUUUGAGCAGCAGAACAUGCCUCCGGAAAGAUACCUCUUCGUAUUGGAUCGUCUCAUUGUCCUCGAUAUGGGGACAGAGUUUGUGUCUAUCGCUAGAAGGUUCUUUCCACCAGAAAUACUGGACAGCAGCGAGAAAGAGGGCAUGGGGCCCGGCACUGCCGUCCUGGUGAGUCCAGGCUUUGAGGCGCCGGACGACGGUGUGGAGAAAGUGGAAGAGGAGUCCCUGGAAGUAGACGAAGACAGCUUCCUUGUUAAUCUACUUGAAUAGUCACACAGGUCUCUGCAACAUGAGCCACAAACCUUUGCUUCUUCCAUUCUACAAAACAGGAUUUGUAACCAGUCUUGUUCCAUGAAAUCACCAAACGCUGUAACCUCAUUUAGCCUUCUCUUCUCACAUUUCCUUACACUGCUCUCCGUGGAGAGGGAGUGGAGGAACGUAAUGGAGUAAGAACGUGCCAACCACCAGCCUACACCUGUGGCCGUAGAAUAGGUCGUACUGAAGAGCUCAGUGACUUUAAACGUGGCGCUGUUAUAGGAUGCCAUCUUUUCCAAAAGUCAGUUUGUGAAAGUUCUGCCCUGCUAGAUCCCUGCUACCCCCGGCACACUGUAAGUGCUAUUAUUGUGAAGUGGAACGGUCUAGGAGUAACAGCAGUUUAGCCACCAAGCGGUA